AUGUACUCUAUUUGGGGAAAGAAAUCCAAAGAAGCAGAGGCAGACAAGAAGAAGCCUAGAACCAGUGCUGCUCAGAUUCGUGUGCAAAAAGAUUUGGCCGAGCUUGAUAUUCCUGACACCAUCAAAUUAGAUUUUCCUGACCCUUCCAACAUUCUUAAUUUCAAUGUAACAAUUCACCCUGAUGAAGGUUUUUAUAUUAGAGGAUUAUUCAAAUUUACAUUUGCUAUCAAUACCAAUUAUCCUCAUGAACCACCGAAGGUGCAUUGUACUCAAAAGAUCUAUCAUCCUAAUAUCGAUUUAGACGGUAACAUUUGUUUAAACAUCUUGCGUGAGGAUUGGAAGCCUGUUCUUUCAUUGCAAGCUGUCUUGGUUGGCUUACAAUACUUGUUCCUCGAGCCAAAUGCUGAUGAUCCAUUGAACAAAGCUGCUGCUGAAGUAUUAAGACAUAAUAGAAGUACUUUUGAUGCCAAUGUCCAGAAGUCUAUCGUGGGUGGGUUCUUUGAUGGUGUUCAAUACGAUAAUGUAUUGGCCCAGUAG